GUUUCCCCUAAAUGAACUUCAUAGACUUCAACGCCAACUGACCAUGCACAUUCAACUGUUGACCACUAGUUUUCUUUGUACGUACGAUUUUCCGUAUCUGCAUAACUCAGUUACUCGACCGUGUGCGAGUACGUUGAAACAGCUCACCUCGCUUCGGGAUGCAUUCGAUCUACUAGUGCAUGAGCAUCGAGCUGGGACCACCGAAGCACCCGCUGUGCGCAGUUUCUACUGGUCUGCGACCACACUGGACGAUGCGGUUCAUUUGAUUUCCGACUACGCGGGUCUGUCUGUUUUGCCACAACUUUCACUGAGCAACCGACCAUUGUUAAUGUCAUCGGACGAUUCUAACACUUUUCGAACACAGUCCACUCGUGUGAUCACCAAUUUGCCCUUACCGUAUUGUCUGAUUCGUCUGAUGACGCACAAUCCAAUUUGGUCUUACGCCGCCCUAAUGCCGGCCACACUACCCACUAAUUCAGAGCCGGCGGAUGAGUUGACCAAAUCUCGCAAAAGAAUUGGGAUCAAUCCGGCCGAGGAUGCGUUACUUCUUAUGGGCCUAGCUGAUUUUCAUGGGGCUCGAUUGUCGCCGGAAGAAGGGGACACCGAAUGUAAUAUAGAUCCAGAGACAGGCGAACCAGUGUGCCAACCGGGCAAGUACGCCUCUUAUCAGUUUAUUCGAAAACAUCUUCUCCCGUUUCGAACCAUGUUACAGCUGCGCUCGCGCCGCUGGAACCUAGUCGGUUCCAAACGUGGAUGCGCGAACGUGCCACCAGAACAGAGCACACCGACGGAUAAAUUGGCGCAACUUUUCCGAAGCCUUUCCCAACAAAAAACACUGAAAUGUGCUAUGCUUGCUCAGUUGACAAAAGACCUGGCAGAACAAGCAGUUCCGUAUCGUGUCUCCUAUCGACAC